CCCAAAUCCACCAGCCAAAAACCUAAACCAUGGGCUACGACUUCACCAUCUACAAAGGCUCUAAAGACGGCUCGAUCCAAAAAUCCACGACCCACCGCGAUGGCCUCCAAAAAGACCAGGUGUACGUCCGCGUAACCCACUCCGGGGUCUGUUUCACAGACGUCCACUACCGACACGCGGACAUGGCCCUAGGCCACGAAGGCGCGGGUGUAGUCGAAGAAACCGGCCCGGAAGUACAAGACCUGAAAAAGGGCGACCGAGUGGGCUGGGGCUACGAACAUGACUGCUGUGGCCGGUGUUCCCGAUGUUUAACGGGGUGGGAGACCUUCUGUCCGGAGCGGAAGAUGUACGCCGCUGCAGAUCUGGACCAGGGAUCGUUUGCCUCACAUGCUAUAUGGCGGGAGUCAUUUCUCUUCAAGAUUCCGGAUGGGAUCAAGAAUGAAGACGCAGCGCCGUUGAUGUGUGGUGGUUCGACUGUUUUCAAUGCCCUGCAUGUGGCGGGGGUGAAACCCACGGCGCGCGUGGGGAUCAUCGGAGUCGGGGGAUUGGGUCAUUUGGCUAUUCAAUUCGCGGCUAAGAUGGGGUGUCAAGUUGUUGUGUUUUCCGGGAGUGAUAACAAGAAAGAUGAAGCCAAGAAGCUAGGCGCUACAGAGUUUUAUGCCACCAAGGGUGUCAAGGAAUUGAAUGUGGAGAAGAAACUCGACAAUCUCAUCGUCACGACUAGUAGUCAGCCGGAUUGGAAUCAGUAUGUCAAUAUUCUGAAUCCUGGGGCUACUAUCUCGCCGUUGUCGGUCGAUUUGGAGGAUUUCAAGUUCCCGUAUAUGCCGCUUUUGGGGAAUGGGUUUAAGGUCUUGGGGUCGAUUGUCUCGGCCAGACAGGUUCAUCGGGAUAUGUUGGACUUCGCGGCUUUUCAUGGUAUUAAGCCGAUUAAUAUGACUUAUCCUAUGAGUAAGGAGGGCAUUGAGGAUUGUUUGAAGACAUUGGAGGAGGGGAAGAUGAGAUAUCGGGGUUUGCUGGUUGCACAGUAGAGUUGAGUGGGGGUGUAUAAUUAGGAGUUGAAUAUGGAUUAUGUGUGUACAUAUGUUAGAGGAACGGAGUCUGUUAAUUUACCUUGAAAGUCGGCUAUUACCCCUGUGUACCGAAGACCUUCGGUACGGUCUCGU